AUUUAAACAUUGUUUUGCUUUGAAAGUAGGGUUAGAAAGAAAAGUGACAUAAGCAGUACCAUAGCAUUAGUGUUAUUUUUAAUAAUAAAUACUGUUGAACGCAUGAACAAUGGGUAAAAUACGAUAUUAUUGUGAAUACUGUGAUCGUUCAUUUUUAGAUGAUUUGAAAGCGAGGAAAAAGCACUUGUCCAGUACACAGCAUGCUCGUUUGAAAAAACAGUAUUAUUUACCUUUCAGAACUGCUAAAGAAGUGUACGAGGAGGAGACGACCAAGGACCCUUGUAGAAAACUGAUAACACAAAACUUUUGCCCAUUCGCUGAAAAUUGUAAAUAUUCUCAUUACAAACCUCAUGAGCUUGAGAUCCUACGUCAGCAAGCCCAUGCCGAGGAUUUAAGACGCAACAGUUCCUGUACACCACAAUUAAUUGAUGUGGCCUUAUCAAAGAUGUCCAGUUCAGAGAAGGUAGAUGAAUGGCUACUAGCAUGGAAGACUAAGCAGGAAGGAGAAGCAUUGAAACCAGCCAAACCAGCGUUACAGGCAGUUUCAAAGGCUUGGUCAUCAAAUCUACCACCGGUACUUCAAGAUUGGGGUAGUGACCUACCACCGUCACUUCAACCUUGGAGCACAUUUAAUCUGUCAAAUGUCCAUGUUGAGGAUUGGGGCUAGACAUCUUGCAAUAAGAACUGGUAAAGUUGUGAUAAUAAUUUUCUAUUGCUUAAUUUAUUCAUGAAAAUAUUUAUUAACAAACAACAGAAACCAUUAAAUAUUUUACAUUCAGAA